AUGAUGUCAGAGUCCGUGGAUCCCACCGAGAACAGACAGACAGAGGUUCUGGUUGUAGCAUGGGUCAUGACUGGAGCUGCCGUUUUGACAGUGGGUAUCAAGCUUUUUGCUCGAGUAAGGAUAGUCCACGUCAUUGGAUGGGACGACUUCUUCAUCUUUCUGUCACUGAUUUUCAGUGUCAUCGCCUCAUCGUUCGUACAUUACGGAGUUCAAUUGGGAUUCGGCCAGCACACAGCAGUAGUGGCCGGAAAGCAUGGCACCCAGCGACUGUUCCAGGGUGCUAAGGUUCAAAUGCUCGGAUAUCCUUUCAAUAUCGCUGCAUUCAGUUUUCCAAACAUAUCUAUCGCGAUACUUGUUUGUCAAAUUCUUCCCUUGAACCCACAGCGGACCAUCGCCCUACAUGCAAUGGCGAUCUUGCAGGUCAUCUUCGCCAUCAUCACUAUCGCCCUAGUGUUUGCACAAUGUCAGCCAACUAGCAAGCUGUGGGAGAAAACCCUGCCAGGCUCAUGCUGGAGUCCGGAUAUUGUCAACUACUUCUCUUACUGGCUUUGUGCAUACACUACACUUACAGACAUGGUUUUAGCAAUUGUUCCAUCACGCGCAUUCUGGAAUCUUCAGAUGCCUCGUUUUACAAAGGCAGGACUGAUUGCCAUGAUGAGCAUGACCAUGCUGUCCGCAGUCGUCACUAUAGUGAAGGGAACAUAUCUACCACUUUUUACAGACACUACAGACCCAUUAUGGAAACCCGUACCGCUCGUCCUGUGGGGCUUGGUUGAACAAAACAUCGUUAUCAUAGCUGCUUGCGUUCCCACUAUGCGUCCUUUCUUUAAUCGUGUUUGGAAACGCGGUCUCACAUCGAGAUCGGCCCCUCACUCAAGGUCCUUAGCUCUCGAUCCCUUCUCGUCUGCAGCUGGAGAAAGGGAGCGAUUGGGACGACAAAACAAAUCAAACUCAGACCUUGCUCUUGUCGGCGCAGAAGUAGACAUGCAUACUCUCAACAAAGCGAUAGAUAAGGACGAUGCAGCCAGUGGUGAAAGUCAGCGAGGAAUUGUCCGAACAGUGGAAGUCAGAAUGGAUUGGAAUGAUAAGGGCAUGUAUGGCGGCCAUAGCUAUGCGAACUAUGGACUUGGAGGCUUCAACGGGUCCCUGGUAGUAGAUAUGAAGAAUAUGGGUGCUUUCAGUUACAAUGAGACUGAUCAGACGGCUACUUUUGGUCCAGGGAACCUUCUUGGAAACCUCUCGCAGAAGCUCCAACCCCUCGGGCGGGCUACAGCAUACGGUGAAGUGGACGUCAUCGGCUCAGGUGGACACAUGACCAUUGGCGGUCUCGGAACACUCAGUCGACAACUGGGACUGGCAACUGAUCAGAUUGUAUCAGCGCAGUGCGUGGUCGCAAACGGUUCCAUUGUGACAGCCAGCGCAAGCACGAACCCUGACCUGUUCUUCGCUAUCCGAGGCGCUGGUUUCUCUUUCGCUAUUAUUACAGAGUUCACCAUGAAGACUGCACCCGCGCCAUCUGAGAUUACCCAGUAUGCGUAUAAGAUCACGGCCAGGGAUACGACCUCUUUCACAAGCACAUUCCAAGGUUGGCAAAGCCUCGUCUCGCAGCCCAAUCUCAGCCGCCUGUUUUCCAGCACUGUCACUCUCAGCCAAGGCUCGAUGAUCAUCAAUGGGAUCUUCUACGGGCCGCGAUCUGAGUUCGAUGCGCUAGGCACCAAUUCUAUCAUGCCUACCAAUAGCUCAGCCGUAUCUGGGCAGAGCACCGUUGUCACGGUGCCAUUCGUGGGCCUCGGCGAUCCCACUCUUACAGCCACUGGCAGCUUCCCACUGCACUUUUACGCCAAGAGUGUCAAGACGACGAACAAGACACUGAUGUCGAACGAAACCAUUCAAAUGAUGUUUUCGUACAUCAAUGCGACAGAGAAAGGAUCACCCGUGUGGCUCGUCAUCUGGGAUCUCGAAGGCGGCGCUAUAUCCGAUGUUUCUCAGACGGCUACCGCAUACUGGCACCGCGAUGCGCUCUAUUUCAUGCAGAGCUACAUCGUCAGUCUUACUGAACCCGUCAGCGAUGUCUCCAAGAGCUUCUUGGCCGGCCUCAGCCUCCUGGUGCAGAGCGAGACGGGCGCAGAUCAGAGUGCGUAUCCAGGUUAUGUCGACCCUGAGCUUGGGGAACCACAGCGGUCUUACUGGGGCUGCAACAUGCCUCGUUUACAGACGGUCAAGGCGGCGCUCGAUCCUGAUAACGUCUUUCGCAAUCCUCAGACUGUGUCGACUACCUAUAAUGCCUCAAUGUGUCCGACUCAACAGUCUCCUCCACCGACUUCGGGCUCCGUGGCACCAGCGUAUAUGGGACAGUAUACCCUGUUGUCUAUAGUUGUGUUAGUGGUAGUUUUCUACUUGUGA